AUGCAGAUUGGUUAUAGUCCCGGUGAUAUUUAUACCUGCAUCAGGCUUGCGAACGAUCUGCGGAAACGAUUCAAAUAUGCGCCGUCGCAGUAUAGGAUCAUUUCUGAGGAUGCGAUAUUAGACUUACGCCAGAACAGAGUCGAAACAUUAUCAAAUAUGUUCCAAUCUAUAACAGCGGAGCAUCAUGAUCAUCAUUUGAGUGAACAGCAAAAAGGUACUCUCAGUGACAUUACAAAAAGAUGCCAACUUCUCCUGGGGGAGAUUCGAAAGAAACUGGACUAUUACGCGGAAUUUGAUGGCACCAAGAAUUUCCGCGGCGCAGUGCAGCUAGUUUGGAAGCGCUUUUUAUGGGACGAAACAGAAGUCACAGAAUUUCGAGAACAGAUUAGUCAAAGGGUGAAGGACCUAACUCUGUUAUUGGCACACCUGAAUUGGUAUGAUCCUUGGCGAGGUUUGAGUUGGAUAGUUCUAACUAUAACUAGGCAAGGGAUCCAAGACACCAAAGACCUGACAAUUUCCAAUCGGAAAGGAGUCGAGCAGAUCGUGCAGCAUGUCAAUGAGAAGGACCGACUUGAUCUUAUGAAGUGGCUCUCUCCGAUUAAUAGUGCAGCAAAACAAGCGGAUACUUUGAAGCUUCGGCACAAAGGUACCGGGCGAUGGUUCCUCGAAACGGAUGAAUUCUCCAAUUGGUUCAAUCAAGCUCAAAAUCAAAGGGAACGACACACCCUUUUCUGUCAGGGUGCUCCGGGAACUGGAAAGACGCUGAUGAUAUCCACUGUGAUUGACGAACUCCGUCGUCGCAUACGGAAUGAUAGUACGAUCCGGUUGGCAUACUUCUAUUUCAAUUACCGUGCGGAAUUUACAAUUGAGGAAAUACUCGCCAACCUCCUUAAGCAACUUAUCCUGGACGCAAUGGUACCAUAUCGACUGAAGUCUCUCUAUGAGAGUCACCGGAAGCACGAAACUCAUCUUACCUUGGAGGAGAUCUUGGAGCUCCUGGAAUCUACAAUUUCGGAAUCUUCGAAGGUGUUUAUUGUCAUAGAUGCUUCGGAUGAAUGCCAAUUACCUCACAUCCACCAACAAGAAUUACUCGCUCGCAUCUCUGAGUUCCAAGAUAUUCACAACUUAGGCUUCCUGGCCACCUCCAGAGACAACCCAGACAUCUCAGACAUGUUCCCGAACUGUCCACGUCUUAGGGUUGAAGCAAAAGACACGGAUAUUAAAGCAUUUUUGGAAACCUCUUUAAAUCAUUUCCGUUGCGUCAAAGAGUCACCAGAUCUACGGGAAGAAAUACUCGCGGCAAUCAUAAAUGCAGCUGAUGGGAUGUUUCUCCUUGCCAGUCUACAACUCGGCUCCUUAGAAAAGCUGUCUCCAGAUGAGGUCCGCGCCCAACUAAACAAUCUCCCUCCGGGAUUAGAUGAGGCAUACUCAGAGACCAUGGAAAGGAUCAAAAGCCAAUCCCAUGAAAAUGUCCGAAAAGCCAAACAAGUCUUGCUCUGGAUAGCGUGUACAACCAGGCCAUUGAGCCCACAUGAAGUGCAGCAUGGCAUCGCUGUCAACGUCGGGGAAUCUAAACUUGGCAAAGGGAAACUCACCAAUAUAGAUGACCUGGUUUCCCUGUGUGCAGGUCUGGUCAGAGUUGAUGAGCAAACCGAUGUUAUUCGAUUGGCCCAUUACACUGCGCAGAAAUAUUUGGAGGACAAACGAGAAAGAUACUUUUCGGACGCGCACUCGCAAAUUGCCCAUAAAUGUCUCGCCUAUCUCUAUCUGGACAGCUUUCAAACAGAGCCUCCUGAGUCGCGUCGUGAAUACCUAGCUCGUCAAAAACAAUAUCCACUAUAUGCUGUUGAAGGGGUGGUCAAAAUAUUUCUUCACAAUCACCUCGCACUCAAGAACUCUCUUCAGGUUCUGCGGGGAGAUCGACUUUUCCCAAUAUAUAAGAACACAAUCUUGAGCAAGUUUUCGGCUUUGCAUUCCGCUGCGUGGUUUGGGCUUGACGAGUGCAUUUUGGAUCUUUUGACGGACAAAUCUGUUAUUGAUGAUAUAGACGAUGACGGACAGACUGCAUUGCACUGGGCUACCCGGAACGAGCAAAUCAGCACAGUCGAACUCCUCCUGCAACACGGUUCCAGCCUCAACUUGGUAGAUAAAGAAGGAAAAGGUGCGAUCCAUCAUGCUAUCAAUAAAGGGGAGGCACGUUUGCUUCGAGUUAUUGGUGACAAUGGUGCAAACCUGGAGCUUGCGGAUAACAGAGGUCAGACACCUCUCCUAAACGCAGUGGAGACCAUGGCAGUGGAAGCUACGCAGAUCUUAUUAGAGAUGGGAGCUGAAGUUGGGGCUUUAAACCUCAUGAAGCAGAAUGUUCUGCACUUGGCUGCCUUAGGUGGGAGGGAUGAUGCACUCCAGAUGAUAACCUUGCUUUUCUCCCACCACGAUUGUCCAGGCCCUGGUGUAAGCGACUUGGAUAACAUGACACCACUUCAUUAUGCUGUGGCCAAAGGUCACCAAAAGCUCGCCAAAUUGCUACUUCAGAAUGGAGCAGACAUAAAUCUUGGGAUCCACAGGAACUGCGCAGGCUACCCAAUGGGGAAUCACCAUACGACAGAGUGUACAUUGAAGGCCAGCCAAGGAAAACCCUCUUGCGAUCAUAACACUUGGGGCCUGACCCCGUUGCAUUUCGCUGCACUUGCAGGAAGUUCAACUAUGACCAAGUUUCUUCUCUCCGAAGGUGCAGAUGUGAAUGCGCGCUGCCAAUAUGGGGAUACCCCAUUGCAUCUCACUCUUCGCAAGGCUGUGUUGGAUCUGGACAGGACGCCCCCAUCAAGUCCUUUAGACUUUGUGUGUGGUAGCAUCCCCAGAAUACAAGAUGCGUGGUCUGACAAUAGAUGGAAGAUUGAGUGCCUGAAGGACUUAAUUGACGACCAUGAAAGCGAAGAAGUCGCCGAAAUAUAUGAUAGAAUCUCUGAAGAGCGAAUGAAGGUUCUUAGUUCCAUCGUGACGCACCCCGACAUCGACGUUAACUUGGGAAAUCUCAAUCAAGAGACCCCAAUGCACCUUAUUACUAUCGACCAACAUGAUUCUAUCGCUGUUUUUUCAGAGUUGGCUAAGAAGUCUCCACGGACGUGUAUUCGCAACAUGCAAGGACAAACGCCGUUACACAUUGCCUGCCUCAAAGGGGAUGAGAAGAUAGCGCGCCAAUUUCUACGCUUGGAUUCUUCAUCCGCAUUCGAGUGCGAUUUACAAGGGAACAACACUUUGCAUUGUGCCAUCCGCUCCGAAAACAAGAAGUUGGUAAAAGCGCUUGUAGCCCAUUUUGACAAGCAAGGUCGGAGCGCGUGUACCGAGGUGGAUGACAAAGGCAACAAUUUGCUGCACUUCUACCUUGAGGAACCGUUAUGCUUCCCAAGAAUGGUUCGUUUCCUUAUGGGUUAUGGAGUGAACGUGAACCUUCUUAACGCCGAAGGGGAUUCGCCACUCAGCAUUUAUUUACAGUCAUCCCAUUUGGGGAAUAAAAAGGAAAUGUGCCAGCUGUUGAUACGAAAAGGUGCUGACCCGCUAUGGAGAAACAGUCUGGGAGAAAACCUGGCUCAUGUCCACAUGCAUUCUUUCGUGGAGGAUUGCGAAGUUUUCCGGAUUUUGAAACAUUCCGGUGUCGAUAUAUUUUCCAAGGACCACAGCAACAAAAGCAUACUCCAUCACGCAGCAAUACAUGGUUCACUUGGCGAACAAGUAGUAGCCGCCCUGCAUGACUACCACGGCUCGGACCUUUAUCAGCCUGAUAUUGAUGGAAUGACACCGCUUAUAUACGCAGAAAAACGUGCCAGUGAACAGAUUGAAGAUGAGAAUUUCGCUCGCGAAGGCAGCCGAAUCACUCUAGAGUUCUUGGAAAGAUGGAGCGAAACGUUCUGGAACCCGAGGACAAGGUCAGAACGCUGUACGUUUAUAAUAUUCUGCUUCUCAUUUGGUAGUGACGAUACUGACUCAAGUUUAACACCAGAUGCAUGA